UGAGCGAUCAUGGCAACGGGCUCAGGCGGGGAGCGCGUGGCAGCGGCGGCAGCGGCGGCAGUUUGGUCGCGGGCCGGGGCUGCGGAGCGACGGCGGCGGCGGCGGUGGCCCUGGCGCUGGCACCGGCCCUGAGCGCCAUGCUGCGGGGCAGCCCCGAGAGAGAGCUGGCGGCCUGGUGGGAGGCGGAGGCGGAGGCGGAGGCCGAGGCCGAGGCCGCGACCGCGGCCAAAGCGCAGGCGGCGAAGGAGCAGGUCCGCGUGGACCCGGGCGCGGCCGGGGAGCCGGAGCGCAAGGCGGCGGAGGAGCAGCCCAAGGAGCCGACCCCGGGGCCUCACCGCACGGCCGAGGAGGGCGACGCCCGCGUCUCCCCGCGGCCGCCACCCGCGCUGCCCGUGUUCAGGCCGAAGCCGGCGCCGGCGCAGGGCCUCUGCCCGCAGGGGAAGUCCGGGAGCAAGGGCCGCAGCUGCAAGCGGAGCUCCGGCCAGUCCGACGAGUACUGCUCUCCGCGACCCGUCACAGUGGACAGCUCCAAGGCCAGGACCUCCCUGGACGCCCUGAAAAUCAGCAUCCGCCAGCUCAAGUGGAAGGAGUUCCCAUUUGGCCGACGCUUGCCUUGUGAUAUCUACUGGCACGGAGUGUCAUUUCACGACAGUGACAUAUUCUCCGGUCAAGUGAACAAGUUUCCAGGCAUGACGGAGAUGGUGCGUAAAAUUACUCUGAGCAGAGCGGUGAGGAUCAUGCAGAAUCUUUUUCCUGAGGAGUACAACUUCUACCCUCGCUCCUGGAUUCUGCCCGACGAGUUCCAGCUCUUUGCUGCUCAGGUUCAAAUGGUGAAAGAUGGGGACCCCUCCUGGAAGCCCACUUUUAUUGUGAAACCUGAUAGUGGUUGUCAGGGUGACGGAAUCUACCUCAUUAAAGACCCCAGUGACAUCCGCCUGGCAGGGACCCUCCAGAGCAGGCCAGCGGUGGUCCAGGAGUACAUCUGCAAACCUCUCCUUAUCGACAAGCUCAAGUUUGAUAUUCGUCUGUAUGUCUUACUCAAGUCCUUAGACCCCUUAGAGAUUUACAUAGCCAAAGAGGGACUCUCUCGGUUUUGUACGGAGCCGUAUCAGGAGCCCAACCCCAAAAACCUGCACCACAUCUUCAUGCACUUGACCAACUAUUCUCUGAACAUCCAUAGCGGUAAAUUUGUCCAUUCGGACAGUACUAGCACGGGCAGCAAGAGGACCUUCUCUAGCAUUCUUUGUAGGUUGUCUUCCAAGGGUGUUGACAUCAAGAAGGUCUGGUCUGAUAUCAUCUCCUUGGUGAUUAAGACUGUCAUUGCCCUGACUCCAGAACUCAAAGUUUUCUACCAGUCGGAUAUCCCCGCUGGGAGGCCGGGGCCCACAUGCUUCCAGAUUUUAGGCUUUGACAUUCUUCUAAUGAAAAACCUGAAGCCCAUACUCCUUGAAGUAAACGCAAAUCCCAGCAUGAGAAUCGAACACGAGCAAGAACUCUCUCCAGGGGUGUUUGAGAACGUCCCCAGCCUUGUCGAUGAAGAAGUAAAAGUGGCUGUGAUCAGAGACACACUGCGUCUCAUGGACCCACUUAAGAAGAAAAGAGGGAACCAGUCUCAGCAGCUCUUAGCCACAAAGGAAAAUCCUUCAGACAGCGAGCUGGCUGGCAACACCAAUCCCGAAGCCCACCUGCCCUCCAUCUGCCUCAAGCAGGUGUUCCCCAAGUACGCGAAGCAGUUCAACUACCUGCGCCUGGUGGACAGGAUGGCAAACUUGUUUAUUCGGUUCCUGGGAAUCAAGGGGACGAUGAAGCUGGGACCAACAGGCUUUCGUACCUUCAUAAGGAACUGCAAGCUGAGCAGCAGCAGCCUGUCCAUGGCCGCCGUGGACAUCCUUUACAUUGACAUCACAAGGAGAUGGAAUUCCAUGACCAUGGACCAGCGGGAUUCAGGGAUGUGCCUGCAGGCCUUCGUGGAGGCUUUCUUUUACCUGGCGCAGAGGAAGUUCAAGAUGCUGCCACUCCACGAGCAGGUGGCCUCGCUGAUCGACCUGUGCGAGUACCACCUGUCCGUGCUGGAUGAGAAGCGCCUGGCGUGUGGCCGCAGGGGCACAGCGGGGGCCCGGCCCCCCAGCAGUGGCACCCCACAGGAGGCCGCCCCCGCAGCCCAGCUGGCUGAGGGCCACCCUCCGCCCUGCACAAACAGUGCCCACAGGCUCUCCCAUUCCAGACACACUCCGUCCUGAGGGCUGCUCUGUCCUCCCGGAAGAAGAUCUAGCCCUUGGGGGCCCAAGAGACUCCCCCUCCCCACGCCAGCUUCUCGCUGGUGGAGAGAUGGCGCAAUGCUGAAAAUUCCUGCCUGAGAUUCCCGCUAACCGUCUCUAUCUUAUGCUGAGCUGCGCUUCGAGAGGCUGCCUGAUUCUCACCCGCCCUCCUCCCGGCGCCUCUUGGUGGCCCACCUGUUUGCGAGCCAUCAGCGGACAUACGAUAUCCAAAACGUGACAGAUGGCAUCUUCUAUUCUGGGCUCACAGGAAGCCACAACCGGGAUGAAACUUCUGUGUUUGGGGCAGGGGGCACCAGCCACCCCAACACUGAGAGCCGUGGAAAGGAAAGAACCUAUGGCAGCCGAGUCUGGGGGCUGCCGGGGCCCCCGAGAGAAUACGUUUAGAGCCCGGGAACAUCAUGUUUAUUUCCUACCACCCGUUCUGUGAAAAUGAAGUUGAAAUAUCCAGGAGGCGUGCGCGACUCUCCCACCCCAAUCAUGUGCUGCGUGGGUGUAGUUAACAGACCGGCCUCACUGAUUUCAUUAACAUGCCUGUUGCUGCAGCGUUCAGUGUGUUAUUAAUUAAGAUAUGAUUAACUAAGUGGUAACUAAGGAAGGCUCCUAGGGUCUUGGAGCUGGCAGGAGCCUCUGAGGUCAUUUUGUCCCAUUUUUGUUUGCCCUUGACCCCAAAGCAGGAGCCCCCUGGUCACAUGGCCUCUGAUUAGAGCCCUCCCCAGGUGGGGCACUCACCGCGUGUGCCCAGCAUGUGCUGGGUGCCCUGGGCAGGAAGAGGGGGCUUCAGAGGGGGACAAGAGAAGUAAGACCUGCGUAAGGAUCAUAGCGAGCGGGAGCUUGAUGUCAGGAGUCGGGAAAGGGGCCGUCGUGCUCUCCCUUCCACAAGGCCCUUUCCUUGUCUCCAUCUGUGUCUGCAGGCAACUCCCCUUCAGAGGGGAAGGCUCAGAGCCAGGAGCCUGCCCUUGUAAAGCCAAGUUCUCCGGAGUGUUAUUGGAUUUCGGGUUAUUGUGGCCCUUCCAGGGGGUCCUCUUUAAGGGGCCCUGGGAGGAGCUGACCAUCAGACUCUGAGUCAACAGGAUGGAGGGUCUUUGAAGGUGUUAAUUAGCAUGGUACCUGGCACACAGUAGGACUCAGAAAAAGCUCAUGAUCAGAGGGCAACGGGGAAGGUCAUGGGUGACAGAGGUGUGUCCUAGACCAGCACAUACAUAUUCUGUCUACUUUUCUUUUCUUCUUUCUAACAUCCUUCCCAGUCUCUGAUCUAAGUCCCUUUCACUCCAUCCGGUGGGAGCGGUUGACUCAAGAUCCAACACAGAGCCUGGUACAUCGGAGGUGCUCAAAAAGUGUCUGUCGAAAUGAAUGACUUGGACUCACCCUCCUAGGAAUAUUUUUCAGCCCAAAGGGAAGGUUGUUAAUCCCAGAUCGCUCCAAACAUUGGUGAGUUUUAGAGCGAGGGGCCUUCUGUUAAUCCUUGCCUGAGCCUCGUUCUGACCAGAAGCCCACUUUCUCAAGAGUAAAGCCUGCCUCCCCCUGCAGUGUGGCUCCCCAGCAAUGCCCCCAUCCCGCUGCCUCUCCCCUCCUGCUCCUCGGGGCCCAGGGCAGCCCCAAGGCCGCAGCCCUUCCCCAGGCCAAAGGGUCCCAGCAAUGCCCAAGCCCUGCAGAGCUGACACUGGGCUGUUCAGUCAUGGGAGACUGUCUUUCUGUAAUGAAAAUGUCUAUUUUCCCAGCAAAAAGCAGACCAGGUGGCCUAAGACGGGAGGAGCAGCAAGUACCUCCCACAUGGGGACAUUUUAGAGGUGUCAUCAGCUUUCUCCUCCAGUCUCCUCGGGCAGUUUCAUAAUGCUGUUCCCAUUUUCAGAGGAGAGAAAAAAAAACGGCCUGGGAGGUCACGUGGAAGGUCAGGCCUUGGUCUAGCUCUGUCCAUCUGCUCCAGAGCCCCAUCACCUCUAUGUCCCCAGGUGAUUGUGAAUCUGACUCCAAACACAGACCGCUGUGGGUCCUCCCUGCUCUGGGGCUGCCUGGGGCCCCCCAGGGCUCUGCACACUGUCACACUGGUGGCAUGGGCCAGGGAGAUCAGUGUUCCUAAAUAGUCCACUAUGAGAAACAAUCUGAAGACUCUUCCCGCUGUCCCAAGGGAUGGAGUGCCAUUUUCAGGUUCAAACCCAACCAAGUACGUUGAAUUUUUUUUUUUCUAAUUAUCAAUAGGCUGAAUUCCAGCCACAUUGUUUGGGGUGGCACGUGAAUGUCAGCUCUCAGGAGGAGAACUGUCCUCUCCCCACCCCGUGCGCAUCACUUGGAGGCAGAUUGCAGGGCGGGCCCCCAGGGUCACUGUCUAGAAGGAGCCCCUCCUGGGCAGACAGGGCCUGAGGAGCCCGGCAGCCUGAGGUGAGCGCUGGGGAAAUGAGGCCGCCGUUUUCCAAAAGGCCAGUAAGUGACAGUGUGGCCCGGUUUUGUCAACGCCAUUGAACAGGAAGGCUCAGAGGCUGCUCCAAUGCUAGAGUGAGUGGUAGGAGACCCACCUCCUCCUCGUGCCUAAUAGGAAGCCCCACUGUGUUUAUCCCCGUCGGUAACUGGCGGCUCGUUUUUCAGGGUAUAAUUGAAGUGAUCGCAAAAGCAGGCGUCUCCGUCCUCCUGGAAGAGAGAUGCUCCGUGUGGAGCAGAGUGCCUAUGCUCUGCCUGUGGGAUCAGCUCAUCCCUGGGAAGGGCCCUCCGGCUCCGUCUCGAUCUCUCCUCCUCACUCCCUCCUGCCCUUCCUCCCCAUCCUGCUGAUGCCCCGACACACAGUCCAGCCACACCCUGUCACUGCUCACUGGCUGAGUCCCUGCGGGGCUGGGCCAGUACCCAGAGUGAGAUCAAUAAGCAGAUGAGAUCAGGCUUGACCUGCUCCAGCUCCGGGUAGCUGCAUCCCUGGACCGCUGCCCCUCCAACCUUGCCUGCCUGCCUCCCUUGCCCCGUCUGGUGUGCCCAGGCAGCGUCCUUCCCCCUUCCAUGCUGGCCCGGCCUGCCCCCAUCCUUCCUGCUUCCCAGGGGGUGUGCUAGGCUUCUCUGCUGUUCCGGUCAGGAGCUCAGUCUUCACAGCCUGGUCAGAAUGGCACCUGCAGUAGGUGCUUGUAAAGACGAUUUGAAUUCGGUUCAGCUGUUAGCAGUGCAGGUCCCGACAGGCCCCUCCCUGUGCACAGAGGCAGGGCCUCUUGGAGACCGGAGCCUCCAUCCCCCACACUCCUGGAUCCCUCUUGCUUGUUGUCCGUCCACUUUCCCAGCUCAGACCUCGUCACCUCUUGCCUGUGCUUCAUCAGGCUUCUGCCUCUCAACCCCCUCAACCCAUCUUCCAUCCCUAUCAGCCCAGAAGCAACUCUGGGAAGCCCAGGGCUGACCGCACGAGCCCCUGAAUCAGUCAUCCCCCUCUUCCCAGAUAAAGCCCAAGCUCCUUAACCCGACAUUCACGGCCCCUCAUAAUCCAGUCCCUUCCUCCUUUUCCACCCUAACUCCACGCUCAGCCCCCGCCCCUUGUGGGCCAGUCUCUGUGCUUCCCCUGCCCUUUGUGAAUGUUGAGACUACUCGGGAAGCCAGUGUGCCAGUUCCAUCCCCCACCCGUGGGAGGGCCACAGGGCCCAGCCAUGCUCAGUGCUCUCCUGCCCUGCUGUCCCCUCUGCUGGACAGCCUCCUCCCUCCGAACAAUGGAAAUUUAUCUUUCAAGGUCCCGCUCAAUUGUCCCCACUGCAGUCCCCCAAACAAUGAACCGCCCCCUCCUCCUACUUGCAAGAACCUGGAAAGUCCUUUGCUAUCACACGUGUGUGUGCUCUCACGGCUUCAGCUCCCACCAGCUGUGAGUUCUUUCAGGGUCAGGCAGGUGCUGGAUUCGUGCUGGCCCCUCGGGCACCGAGCAGGGGCCCUGCAGGUGCUGGCUACACUAGUGUGACUGUCUGGCAGGCUUGGUGAGGAGCCCGACUGGUUCUCCCUCUCCCUGCGGAUGCCCCGAGGAUUUGAUCUGUGAACACCUCCAUGUCCCUGGCGACUCGUUCCCCCCACCCCCGGGCACGAUAGCUGUCCCAGGACUCCAGCAGGCAGUGGCUCCUCUGACCCUGGGUAGUCCCUCCGUGUUCCUUUGUGUCCUGGCUCAGAUCUGGGCUGCGUCCCCCGUGGGCACCUCCAUCCCUUUCAGCCUCGGAGACCAAAGGCCACCGGGCUGGAUGGUGCUCACCACAGCUCUGGCUCCUUCAUCUGGCAUCCAGCCUGUCUCUCCAGCAUUUGUGGUGGGUGUGGGGUGGGGUAGAAGGAUGGGGUUGGUUAGUUCAGAGCAGAUAAUCCCAGUGUGAAUGGAGUGAGUACCACCAGGUUGGGGAGGAGCCCAGACAUUAGAAUGGUGUUCCAUUGCUUUCUAGAACCAACUCCCUUCCCCAUGCGAGUGUAACAACAUCUAUUCGAUGCUUCAGUUUGCAAAGUACUUUUACCUCCAUCCUCUCAUCUGAUCCCCUCAACGACCCAGAGAAGGGUGAGGAUUCUUAUCACCCUCUGCACAGCUGCGGGCACUGAUGCCCAAGGCCUCAUAGCCAGAGAGGCACAGCCCAGCCCCAAACCCCAUGCUCCCUUCUCGGCCUCAUAACUGCCCUGCAUGGAGCCGCAACGCUCCUACAGCCCAGCGGGGAGAGGGCUUUGGCCCUGUGUCACAGACACAGAAACCAGUGGCUCAGGGAGGCUGGAUGAUUGCUCAGCUAGUCCCGGAGCUCUGGGGCUUGGCUUGGGGCUGUCCCACCAGUCCUCUCGCCCUAAGCACCCCAGGCCAAACAUUCUACGGGCUCCAGGUUCAUCAGCCACACAAGGCGGGUGACAGGUCUCUCUCACUUUGUCUCUGGGAGCAGACGAAGAGAAACGGAAAGAAUAAUAAUACACGUGAAAGCGCUUUGUAAACCCAAGUGCUGCUGGAAUGCCGUGCCAUCUUCAGACUGGCUUCUGGUUUCCUGCAAAGUCUAAAAGGAUGAAAGGAAACGGUUCCUCCUCGAACGCUGUAAUCCAUCAAGACCAACGAAGCCAGAGCAGUCAGCUCCUCUCCCUCUCCACCCCAUUCAUCCGCACAGACUUGAAGACAUUCACAGGGUGAAAAAUGGUUUCUGCUGCUCCUCCGGCCUGAAAUUUGCCUUGUGAUUGGCAGAGUAUUACUCCAAAAUAGCUUAAUUUUUUUUUUCUGUUUCUUGAUUAAUGCCCUAAACUCCUUGGCUCCAUCACUGAGAACUGGGCUUGAAUAUUUGCCAUUUGAGCCCCUUCCCUCAAAGCUCAGGGAAGAGGAGCCCUGCGGUCAGUGGCUGAGAGAGCCGUCCUCCUCAGCACAGUGAGCAUGAACUGAAAAUCCACUUCGCCCUGAUUGAUAUUUUUGCCAGUCUCCUAUUUAGUUUGAUGGAUGUGGGAGAAAUUUUCCCAUAUGGCACAUGAAUGUCUCCCUCAUGAAAUAAGUUCAAAUUUCUUUCUGCUCCUAGGGACAAAGGAGCUUGGCAGAACAGUCAACAUAUUUAAUUAUCUCCACCUCUAGUAACCAAAAAUCUUGAUUUUUCUAUAACUGGAAAAACCAUGCAGUAUACUGCUUACACACACACACACACACACACACACACACACACACA